AUGGGCGGGCAUAGCGGAGGAGGCAUCGACCCGAACGACCUGGCCAUGGGGGGCAACUUUCAUGGCUCCUUCCAAAACAACUACCUCAACCACACCAACAACCCCUCGAAUGGGUUUUCUAGCGGCUCAGCUCUGUUCGGAGACGACGAGCUUCUCGACGGCUUGAACAGUCCCAGUGACCCUCAUGUCGGAAUGCAGGGUCAUGGACAGGACUUCGGCGGAAUGAACGAUGUUGGCAUGAAUUUCCCGGACUCUUAUCACCAAAGCUUGCCCAUCAACCAAGCCCAUACAAAUGGCUAUUCGAGCACACCCGACGGCGAUCCGAUAGCCUCGCCAUUUGUCCAUAACUUCUCGCAUUUCCGCCAAAUGCAGCACCCUCAAUCCUUCGGAACAUCGCUUCAGUCGCCCAUGUCAUACGCCGGGUCACCAUUAGCGAAUAACGACAUGAACAGCGAUGGGACUGACCCGAACUUCUUGAGCGCGAAAGCACGUACCAGGAUACCGCAAACCAUGCAGCGCAAGCCGUCCACCACACGAAGCCCACUUACACCCAAGGCGAUAGACAUGGCCGGACUUUCGGUGAACUCGGGAUCAUUUGGCCCUCAGCCCAUCAGGACAACAGGCCCCCACCAUGAAAAGUCCCAUUCCGCGCAGUGGAUGCAAACCCCACAGAGCCUGUCCUCGUUUCCUGGGUCUGGUUUCUCAUCACCUCUUCAGGCAGGCCUUCAUGGCCCCCACGCUCAAAUCAAUGACAUUCUGUUGAAGGGCGGCACAUCCAUGCCCGCCAAGCUUGGCACCACGACCUCCUCUGUGUCGACACAAGAAGCAAAGAGGAAGAGGAGGCGCGAGUCACACAACCUCGUUGAAAGACGGAGACGUGACAACAUCAACGAGCGCAUUCAAGACCUUAGCAAGCUGGUUCCUGCCCAUCGUCUAGAGGAUGAAAAAAUUCGCAAGGCAAUUCAGAAUGGAACGCCCCUUUCACCCACGCUUGCGGGCAUCCCAAGUCCUUCUCAAGCCACAUCAGCCCUAGCUGGACCUGGAGCAAGACGAGCUGCUGGCAGCACGGCUGGAAACAUCACAACAGGCCUGCCCAUCGAGGAGAAGGACAAGGGCCCCAACAAGGGCGACAUUUUGAAUGGUGCGGUGAGCUGGACCCGGGAUCUCAUGUGGAUGGCCUACCUCAAGAUCCAACAACAAGAAGAGCUCAUCAAUGCCUUGUUGGAGCGUGGGGGUACGGUACCCUUUGAGAUCACCGAUGAUGAGAAGCGGAUGCAGACGGAGCUCAUGGAGGCCAUCGCCAGAGGAGAGGACGGCAGCGGGAAAUCCCGGGGAUUCUCGUACUCUCGCACGGCUGGCACUGGCCUUCGCGUCCCUCAUCAUACGGACUACAAGGGUGAGCCUUUGAACACCAAUGGUGUCAAUGGCGAACACCUUUCCACCAGUCCUGCCCAUGGUGGCGCCGACGGAAAGUUCAACGAUGGCCUCGAUGCCGGCGACUUCCUUGACUAUGAGGACGACGGUGCCGACAUGGAGUUCAAAGAGGAGGACGAGUAUGGAAUGGACUUGACUCAAUGA